AUGGCGUCGUCCUUUGUCCUCAAGGAGAAGAUCGCCGAUGUCUACUUGGACCGCGCCCAUGAACCCGAGAUCGUCGUCUACCACCCGGCGCGCGAGUCCCUCAUCAUCGUCGCGACUGCGUCGCUGCACGAGGUCGACCUGCGCACGGGCUGCGUCCUCGGCGCCAUUCCGUUCGACAGCUGCCUUCUACAUGACAAGCCCCACGUCUUUGACGACGUCGUGCCCGCGGGCCAGCACCACGUCAUUGCCUCGCUCUCUCGCUACCUCGUGGUCUGGGACCUCCGCGAGAUGACACUGUGCUGCGUCACAGAGGUGCUCAAGUCAUCCACGAAGAGCCCGAUCGUCGUGACGGCCGCAACGACACUCGCGGGCACAGUCUUCUACGGCCACGAAGGCAGCCAGAGCAUCAAGGUGACGACUGUCGAAGGACUCUGUAGCGGCGAAGCCUGUCAAAAGAUCCCCCGGAAAGCUGCGUCGCGUGGCAGCGUCCUCUGCGCGCUGGCCUUUCAUGCGCGCCAUCAGCUUCUCGCCUCGGGGGGCACCGACGGCAUCGUGCACGUGUGGCGCGCCGGCAGCUCGGUCCACGGCGCUACCGACGACGAGUGGUCGAAGGACGAGCACAGCAAAGCCAACGGCGACGACGUUAGCCCACACGCUCUGCUCGCCACCUUCUCGACCAAGACGUCGCCCGUGCAAGCGCUUGCGUUCGAUGGCCAAGGACUCUUGGCAGCUGCCUACCUCGCAGGCCAACUCGAUAUCUUUGACGUGCUGCGACGUGAGCCACGCGCGGUCGCCUCCCCAACUACGGCUGUGCCGACCGGUCUCUCGCUCUGCAGUCGCCACAGCAUUCAUUUCAGCGCAAGCUUGAACACGCUGGUGCUCGUGCUACUGGGGGCAUCGCAAGACGUCGUGCUGCAUCGCAUGCACUUUGGUGACAGCAUCGACUCGACGUUUGGCGUGGCGUUCGACGUCAAUGCGCUCGUUGCGGCGGUCGUUCCGUGCGACAUGCAGCUCGCACUCUACACGUCGUCGCCGACGGCGCGGUCGCUUGCGCUGCUCGAAGGCGCGGACGACGACAUUGCGCUGUCGAACGUCGUCAUGCCUCCGACGCGCACGUGGUCGAUGCAGCCGCAGUUUUCGUUUCUCCAGUAUUGCAGUCCCGACGACGUGCCCCGGCGCCUUCUCCACAUUUCAACGAGCGACGCUCUCAAGUUUGCCUUGAGCGCCAUGGACCUCCAAACGAACGAAAAGACGGAGCUUUGUCCACUGCUCGCGACGUUUGAGGGACUGCCGCUGCAGCCGCUGCGACUCACCGUAUCCCGCGACGGCGGCACGUCCGCUGUCUUUCUCUCGUCGUCGCAAGCCACUGUCAUGACGCUCAUCGAUGUCAGCGCGCCGACGGCGGCCCCGACAUACGAGGUCCGCGACGUGUGUUUCACACCAACACACUUGGUGUCGCUCAUGCCGUCCGGACGAAGCGUCCGCGUCCACGGCAACUGGAAGGCCAAGGAGCCCGACGGUCUGCUGCUCAACCUUCCGACAACUGCCGCGCGGCUCUUCCCCACGCGCUGGGCCAUGCCCAACUCGGAGGCUUGCAAAGUUCUUUUCGUUGUCCAAGACGCACUCGGUCGCGAGUGUUUGCGUCUGAGCGAGCACACGGUGGCAUUUACGCUCGACUCGGCUUGCUUUUGGAGUGCCGAGAAGCACGAACCCAUUCUUGAAGUCCAGAACGAGCCCGAGAAGGCGACGCACUUGAUUGCUGUGCGGACGUCCAAGCGUCUCGUCGUCCUCGAUGGGUCGCUGCAAGUGAUGGCGACCUUUGCGCCGCACCGUACGCAGCUGCAAGAGACGCCCACAAGCAUGCUCUGGAUCGGCGAUGCGCUUGCCUUUGCAACCAUCGGCGCCACUUUGCGCUAUUGGCAUCCCGCGUCGCCCCGUACGACCCACGCGCUGUGCAGCGUACCCGUGACGCCUUCUGGAUCCCACGUGCGUCUCGCGGCGUUCUUGCCCGACCGCGUCGUGUACAUGGUGCUUCAGGACGAUGCAAAGUCGGCCACCAUGUACACGCGCCCGUUUGCGCCGCUCGAGGUGCUCGUGUGCACCCACAGGGACAGAGAGAACGUGCAGCGGUACAUUGCGCGUCUCCUCGAGUACGGCCCGCCCCUCGUGCAAGUGAGCUGGAAGACGCUGUCGACUUUGAACAACCCGACGCUGAGCUUGCGUCUUCUCCACGACGGCAAGAAGGCAAAGGCCGGUGCCAUGUACCGCGAAACGUCCCACAUUGCUGCGAAUACCAUCGCGGGCAUCUUCCUGGCUGCCCACCGCUGGCGCGACGCAGCGACCUAUCUCGUUUCGGACGACCCCGCUCUCUACGAAUAUGCGCUCAACCCACAAGGCGCCGAGGCGCAGCUGCCCCCGAAGCUCUCCCACGUCGCGGCGGCGCUAACGCGCAUGGCGGCGACGCUGCAGUCGAUGGGGCAGUUCGAGCUCGCGGCUCAGUGCCUCGACAUGGCUGGCAACGACGCAGCGCUACUGAGCCUCGUAUGUGCCAUCUCGUUUGGUCUCAAGUGCGGCUCGGCCGACGUCGUUGAAGCCAUUCUGCGCGGGCUCAAGACAGCUCACCCGCCGGUGGUCGCCGCCGUCACCGCGUAUGAUGCCGCCCAGAUACCCAAACACGUCAAGAUGGACGUGUUCCGCCUCCUGUGCACCGAGCACUUGGUGUUGGAGCGCCGGAGUCGGCUCUUGGCGUCGCUGAGUGGUCUACGCCGGGUGCGGCUGCCACCUAUCAAGAUCCCGUUGCUGGCGGCGCCCGACGGAUGGAAGUACUUUACGUGGAAGCGCCUCGAGCCCGAGGACCCGGUCGACUGGCUCGGGUCGUCGACCCCGCACUUUUCGUCCCAAGAGUUUGUGAAAAAGUCGCUGCAGAUUGACGUCAGCGACGGCUUUGGCGAGAUGCGGUCGACGCCGAUGGCGAGCGCGCCGUCGUUCGGCCCGUUCUUGGACGACGAGGACAGCGUGACGGCGUACUGGCGCUUUGAGGACGCAGCGACUCUCGGCCCAAGUCGCACGACGGACGCCACGCUCCUCGACACGUCGAAGCGCGAAAACCACUUGGUCGUAUCGCCCGCCAUUGUCUUGGACAUCUCGACCGCGCCCGUCGACAAGGGCGAAGAGAGCAAGCUCCUCCCGGCGUACAUGCUGCACUUUCCAGCCGUUGCGCCUCUCGACGGCAGUGGCUGGCACGCGUCAUGCGCAGUGCGCAAGGGCGGAAGCAUGGACUUUGGCACGAGCUUUGACGAAGAUCCAUACCGGCGCCACCUCACGCUCGAGUGCUGGGUGCGCUAUUACGCCGAGGGGCCGAUCGCAGGCAGUAGUACCUCGGUCCUCGCGGCACGAAGCCCCUUCUGGUCGAUAAGUAUGGAGAGCAGCGGGCGCCUCUGCGUGCAGAUCCACGACCGCACGCUUCCAACGGACGGUACGUUGCUGCUCAACGGCAGCUGGCAGCAUCUGGCGCUGGUGCUCGAUAUCGUCAGCGACGACAAGGCGUCCGUGCGCGUGCUGCUUGAUGGCGCCAGCGUCUUGGCCAAGGAGAUUGCUGUCAAGAUGACUUCGCAGAGCGACAGCAGCAGCGCGCUGCAGCUCGGACCGCGCCUCGUAGGCUUUGACAUGACGGAGAUAAGACUGUGGGCAACGUCGCGCUCGGUGGAGCAGAUCAACGACAUGAAGGAAAAUUACCUUGGCAUCGCCGAGACCAAGAAGCGCAUCAAGGUCGCCAUCCACCAGCGCGACUGCCAGUGCGAAAAGUGCAUUGGCCGCCGCCAGAACACGCCGUUGGCCAAGCUCGCGAUGGUGCAGCCGCUCGCAGCAAGCCCCGCGAGCCGCGCGCGGCGCGUCAUCAAGACGCCGCAGUCGCCCGUCGCGUCGCCCAAGCGCGAAGAGACGCGGCUCAACUAAGAUCUCUGCUGCACACUAGUAUAUUCAUCACGGACGCAAUACAUGUUGGCUUGCACUAA